GUUGCUAUGGUAAUUGUUUAGAAUCAAAUUUAUUUUGUACUAAAAGAACAGUUCCAUAUGAUAUAUCUAAGUUAUAGAUAAGAUAACUUUUUUAAAUAAUAUAUUGAUUAUUAUUUAAUGAAGUUUGAAUAAAUUAAAUAAUACAAUGGCAACACCAAUAAAAGAUCGUGUUAUUCCUGUUAUGGAUACUUUGGUUAAAUAUGACAAUCCAGUCUUACUUACCACUUAUCCAGAAAAGGUAAUAAAAGAAGUACCAAAAAUUGGAGAAAUAGUUUGUAAAGUUGAAACCACUGUUCCUACACUUGAUACAAGACAUGAAACUUCUGAAAUUUUAAAUAAAAUUUUGCCACCUAAGCAAUGGGAAGAAGAUGGUCAAAUUUGGACUCAACAAGUGUCAAGUACACCAGCAACAAGAUUAGAUGUUAUUAAUUUACAAGAACAUCUAGAUAUGAAAUUGCAACAAAGACAAGCAAGAGAAACUGGUAUUUGUCCAAUACGUAGAGAGCUUUAUACACAAUGUUUUGAUGAAGUAAUACGCCAAGUUACGAUAAAUUGUGCAGAACGUGGAUUGCUUUUACUUAGAAUUCGAGAUGAACUUAAAAUGACAUUAGCUGCAUUUCAAACUUUAUACCAAAGUAGUAUUGCUUUCGGUAUGCGUAAAGCUCUUCAAGCUGAACAAGGAAAGGAAGAUUUAAUUGCUGCUGCAGAUGAAUUACAGUUACAGAAAAUUGAAUUGGAAAAAACAGUUGUUGAAUUAAAACAGAAAUUUGAACAAGCAGAAAGAAGAGCAGCUGAACUACGAGAAGCUGAAGAGAAAAAACAUAUGGAAGAAAUACAAUUUUUGAGAAAAACAAAUCAGCAACUGAAGACACAAUUAGAGGGAAUUAUUGCACCAAAAAGAUAAAUAUAAAUGAUAAAAUAUAUAAUAAUAAAAGGUAUUUAUCUUUAUAUAUAUUUUAAUU